AUGGAACGUCCCCCGUGCUGCCCUGAGUUGCCUACAGUUGAUGAGAAAGCCCAAUGCAUCCUGCAGCAUGACAGCACUGGUCGCUGCCCUGCCUCUCUGGUCCAUGGGCAGAAGGUGGUCUCCCAGAACGUCCCUCAGCUCUGGUGCAGGAUCCGCAGCCUGGAUGCGGCUGAGGGAAGGAAACAUGGAUGUGGCUGGAAGAAGGCGAUGGCUACCAAAAGGCACCAGCACACACCCCUUGCUCCUGGUGAGCGGCUGCUACCCCAGCCCUGUAAGAUCCACCUCAACCAAGGCCAAAGCACUGUCAAGGUCAACACCUGGAACCUUCGCCCCAGCCAGAGCCCUCCGUCCUUGGCCACGAUGCUGGACGUGGAGUCGGCGAGCGGGCCGGACAACGCCACGCUGCUGAUGCUGCAGAACACGGCCAUCGCGGUGGCCCUGCCCGUGGUGUACUCGCUGGUGGCGCUGGUCAGCAUCCCCGGCAACCUGUUCUCGCUGUGGGUGCUGUGCCGCCACAUCGGGCCCAAGAGCCCAUCGGUCAUCUUCAUGAUCAACCUGUGCCUCACCGACCUCAUGCUGGCCAGCGUGCUGCCCUUCCAGAUCUACUACCACUGCAACGGCCACCACUGGGUGUUCGGCGUGGUGCCCUGCAACGUGGUCACCGUGGCCUUCUACACCAACAUGUACUCCAGCAUCCUCACCAUGACCUGCAUCAGCGUCGAGCGCUUCCUGGGCGUGGUGUACCCGCUGGCCUCGGCCCGCUGGCGCCGUCGCCGCUACGCCGUGGCCGCCUGCCUUUGCACGUGGCUGCUGCUGCUGGUGGCUCUGUCCCCACUGGCCCGCGCGGACCUGACCUACAGGGUGGACGCGCUGGGCAUCGUCACCUGCUUCGAUGUGCUCAAGUGGACCAUGCUGCCCAGCGUGACCAUGUGGGCACUCUUCCUGUUCACCAUCUUCAUCAUCCUCUUCCUCAUCCCCUUCGUGGUCACCGUGGCCUGCUACACAGCCACCAUCCUGAAGCUGCUGCAGGCCCCCGACCGCCACAGCCGGGGCCAGAGGCGCCGCUCCGUGCACCUGGCCGCUGUGGUGCUGCUGGCUUUCGUCACCUGCUUCGCGCCCAACAACUUCGUGCUGCUGGUGCACAUGGUCAGUCGCCUGUUCUUCAACAAGAGCUACUACCACGUGUACAAGCUCACGCUGUGCCUCAGUUGCCUCAAUAACUGCCUGGACCCCUUCGUCUACUACUUUGCCUCCCGUGAGUUCCAGCUGCGGCUGCGGGACUACCUGGGCUACGGCCCGCUGCCCAGUGACAGCCAGGACACACGCCGAGAGAGCCUCUUCUCGGCCAGGACACUGUCGGGCCGCUCCGUGGCCGCCGGCCAGGCCGAGGACGGGCUCGGGGCAGCCGGCCAGCCCUGCCUGAAGAGGCAGGAGAGCGUGUGCUGA